CAUGAGAACAUUUUGACUGACUCGAACUCCGAAUCGAACAUACCUACAUAAACAACGCGAUGUCCUUCCUACAGAGCUUUCAUUCUCUCCUUUCGCGGUCAAGUGCCAUUCUCUUACUUCUCUUUGAUCAUAUUCAUCGUUGAAGGAUAUCCACUAUGAUUGGAUUCAUCAACACCGAGAGACGACGGCAAAGCACGCCGACAGCAUGGCUCUUGUUGCUGUGGCUAACAACAUUGCUACAGAUUCAACAAGCAGCCUGCUUGGCUAUAAUACCAGAGUCAAUACUUGCCAGACGGCAUUACUAUCCUUUUGCACCAGACUGGCGAGCAUCGUUAAAUCAAAAGGAGACGACUCCAGAAGCUUCGGGUGCAGACGCGGACGCAAGUACCAACGUCCGAGCGGCGACAACAUCAGACGACGCCGAUAACCUCUCAACUAGAAGUCCCAUCAUCAGCGAAAUCAACCCCAAAAUGGCCGUUACCACUCCCAUGGUGGCUCCAUCGCCUUCAUAUCCCUUCCCGCCUUACAAGGGCACCGGCAGCAAGCCUUCUCCCGCCUCCUCUUCUUCAUCACCGUUCCCCUACAAGGGAUAUAGCCAACAACCGCGCAAAAACAAAGAUUCUUCCCCCUCUGGCGGUGCUGGCGGUGACCUCUUCUCCACCCCCAUCUGCUCCGACCUCUCCCUCCCACAAUCUAUCCCCUCGCAACCGGACCACCCCGCCCCUCGCAAGGGCAUCAAGCAGCCUCAAGAGGGCGGUGCGAUCCCCACCAACAAAUUCCACGCCAACUUCUUCCUCGGCUCGCAAUCCUCCUCCGUCUGGACGCACCCAUACUCCCUGCAAUGGCCCAAGGGGCAAGGCCAAUCCGGCGCCUGGGGUCUGGCUGUUUCCCAUGUGGAUGCGAGCCAGCGCGUCUUCGGCGACCAAGAUCCUGAUGGGAGCGGAGCGGCCCGGUGGUUUGGAAGUCCGGUUGGUCGAGCGGAUGUGGUUCUCUCUGAGGAACAACUAGAGAUGGGCAACGGCACUGGAAACAUCGAGCUCACGACUCAGGAUGUCAAGGAGCAUAGCGUUCGUGUGCAGUUGAGCUCGGGAGGGGAGGUGAGGUUGGAGGCGCCUGUGGUGCAGGGCAUGGGAAUGGUGACUGCGUUGUAUAAGCAGGGUACGCCGGUGAUCAAGUCCGGUGUGGGCUGGAGCAUGGUGACGAAGGCUAUGGGCGUGGUGAAGACGGGAGUGGUCAAGUAUCGAUUGGUGAUGCACGAUGGAGCGACUUGGUUGCUUUAUGCUAUUGGUGGGGAUGUGAGCGCGAUCAAGAGGGGAGAGUUGGGAGGGUUGGAUUUGGAGGUGAAGGAUAAUAAUACGGCCGUGGCCAAGCGGAGCUUCACGGGUGUUUUGCAACUUGCGAAGCUGCCCGGUGGAGGCAAUGGUACUGAGGGCGCGGCGGACGCGGAGAAGUUGUUCGAUGCUGCUUGCGGCACGUAUGCCACUGGUGUUGAACUCUCCGGAUCCGUGGAUGGGCAGAAGGGCCGGUAUACCUUCCACUUCCAGAAGGAGGGAUUGCCGUCCAACUCCAGCCUCGUCAUGUUUGCUUUGCCUCACCAUCAGGCUUCCUUCAGCUCCGAGACGGCCUCCAAGGUGGCCUCCUCCGUCAAGCUUGAUACCACCACCAAGGGCGUCGCCGUUGCUGUUGUCGGCGACGAGUGGACCAUGGAAGAGGACAUCAGCAAGCCCAUGAGCAUUGGGUUCGUCCCCUGGACUCCUGAGGCAGGUUCUGUGAAGGCCAUCAGCGACUCCGCGAAGGAGUAUAUCAAGAAUGUGGCGCAACAGGAACUCCUUGGAACGUGGCAGGGCCAGGGCAUGCUUAACCAGACGGACCAGCCGAGCAUGUACUAUGGCGGCAAAGCCCUUGCCAAGUUUGCGGCCAUCUUGGUGGCUGUCAAUGAUAUGCUAGGCGAUACGGAUCUGGCGAAGAAGGGGUUGGAGCAGUUGAAGGUUGCGUUUGCGCGGUAUGCGGAGAAUCAGCAGCAGUAUCCGCUGGUUUAUGAUCAAUCCUGGGGCGGCAUCGUCUCUUCCGCCUCCUACACCACCGGUGACUCCGGCUCCGACUUCGGCAACACCUACUACAACGACCACCACUUCCACUACGGCUACUUCAUCUACACGGGCGCCGUUCUCGCUCACCUUGACCCCUCCUGGGCUUCUUCCUCUUCCAACGCUCAAUACGUCAACUCCCUCGUCCGCGACGUCGCCAACCCCUCUGCCUCUCUCGACCCUCACUUCCCCGCCUUCCGCACCUUCGACUGGUACCACGGCCACUCGUGGGCCCACGGCCUCUACGAAUCCAGCGACGGCAAAGACCAGGAAUCCUCCUCGGAAGACUCCAUGCACGUCUACGCUCUGCUGAUGUGGGCCCAAGCCACCAACAACCAAGCGCUCUACCAGCGCUCUGCCCUCCAACUAUCUCUCCUCCGUCGCUCCCUGAACUCGUACUACCUUUACUCCUCCUCCAACCCCGGCUCGCAGAUCCAGCCGAAGGAGUUCACGCCCAAUAAGGUCGCUGGUAUCUUGUUCGAGAACAAAGUCGACCAUGUCACCUUCUUUGGAAACAAGAAGGAGUACAUCCAAGGUAUUCACAUGUUGCCGUUGCUACCGCAUACCAUGUUCAUCAGGAACAAGGACUUUGUCAAAGAAGAGUGGGAAGCCUUCUUCGCUGGAGGGGCCGCGGACGCGGCGGAAGGAGGAUGGAAGGGUGUUUUGUACGGGAAUUACGCGACGAUCGAUCCCAAGGGUGCUUGGGAGGUUUUUGCUGGUGCGGGUGUGCCGAGUGGAGGUGUUGGGGGUGGUGGAAGUCAGCCUACUGAUCCUGCCCCUGGAAAUGGUACCGCGCCGGGCACUACUGAGCCGACUCCCACGUCGACGUCGGCGCCAACGAGUACCGUGAGUACACCGGGCUGGACUGCUACUCCUACUUCGACCUCAGUGCCCACCACUCCUGGUGUACCGGAUGGAACGGUACCGGUAAACGGGACAGUCAGCGCCAUGUCGUCGAAGAUGGCGAGGAGGACGAUAAGAAGGGCGCUGGAGAAGGGGAAGGGGAAGAUGGUUUUGCCUAAUCUUGCUCAGAAGGCAGCGAAGGCAAAGAGAGAUGGGUUCAGCCCCGAAAACUUGGAUGGAGGCGCUAGUCUGACUUGGUAUUUGACUUGGUGUGCUGCUCUUGGUGGACUUUGAGCCAACUGCAUAAGCAUAUCGAUGCGUGAGGUCGCUACGCUACCUCCUUUCUGCUUGGCUUUACUUUCAAUUCUUUUUCUCUCUUCUAAUACCCCCUUUUAAUUUGCAUUAGCAUGGCG